CUAGGUUUCACUCCCCCCUCCCUCUGCUGGACGGCGUCGCCGCCGGUUUCACUCCCCACUUUGCUCUGCUCGACGGCGUCGCCGCCGGUUUCACUCCCCACUUUGCUCUGCUCGACGGCGUCGCCGCUGUUUUCUGCCGCCGUCAUGUCCGACCCCGUGGAUACCUCUAGCCCACUGAAGAAAGGACGCACCUUGUCUCGUUGCCGGUACGCGUCUCCCCACAGCGACGGCGGGAUGGCAGUCGAGAGACUCACCGACGACCUCCUCGUCGAGAUCCUCGCGCGUCUCCCGGUCAAGUCGCUCUGCCGCUUCAAGUGCGUCUCCAACCACUGGCUGGCCCUCAUCCACCACCCCGAACACCGCAAAAAGCUCCCCCAAACACCGGCCGGCUUCUUCUACGGCAGCGCCAACACCAGCGACUGGCUUCUGAAAUCCCCCGUCCGCUUCGCCGAUUUCCCGGGAAGAUGCUCCCCUCCGAUCGACACCUCCUGCGCCUUCCUGCCCAACCACCGGCGCGUCCAUCUGCUGGACUGCUGCAACGGCCUCCUCAUCUGCCGCUGGUACGUCUCAGCCCAGGGCGAUGAGUUCCAUUAUGUGGUGUGUAAUCCUGCCACGGAGAAGUGGACCGUGUUGCCGGACUCCGGCAAGCCCACCAGCGAGGUGGCCACCACACGUUUGGGCUUCGAUCCGGCCGUGUCGUCGCAUUUCUAUGUGUUUGAGUUGAUAAAUGAGCACGACCAGCUUUGGGACCCUGACAUUGUCGGGGUGGCAGUGUAUUCCUCUGAAACCGGAGGAUGGGUUUACAAGGAGAAGAAAUGGAAUGCAGACAUUAGGAUCAUUAAUCGUCAGUCUGCACCUGUCUUUCUUAACGGCUAUCUGCAUUUUGAAGCCGAUUGUGGUGGGAUAUCUCCUUGUCUAGCUGUGGUGGACACCAAGGGGGAAACAUGGAUGAACAUUGAUGUCCCUGACGCUGACGCUCUGCUUGAUGGUUUUAUUCAGCGGUCACAGGGUCGCCUGCAUUAUGCCAAUUUUCAGCAAGAUGAAGAUGGUUUUACCAUUCGACUGGUAGUUUAUGUUCUCGAGAACUAUCAAAGCAAGGAAUGGAUACUGAAGCAUAGCGUUGACACUUCGUACUUAUUUGGAGAAACAGAUUCUCAUUUCCGCCUCGACCAGGAUUUUGAAUGGAUUGCGAUUCAUCCAGAAUGCAACAUGAUAUUCUUCAAUGUUGGUUGGUUUAUCACAUUCACUUGCUAUAAUAUGGAUAGCGGGCAAGUCAAGCUGAUCUCUGGUCCUGUAGAUGGGAAGCCGCCAUAUAUGCCAUAUGUGCCGUUGUAUGCAGAGUUACAGCCGUUGCACAUUUGACAUCAAUAUGAGAUAGUUGGUGGUGUCUAUAAGAAAUGGAUCUUCGGCAAGCAUCAUCAGUUCUUCAUUGUAUGGAACAGUUGGCUUCGUAUGUCUGCUUGAAUUGGUCUCUGUGAGAGAGGUAUGCAUGCUUUUAAGUUUGGAGCGAUGGUGGUUCUUCAUGGAAUGAAUUUGGUUUAUUUCUAUGUGAUUAGGCAUCUAAAAUUAAACUGAAGUUUCUGUUA